AUGCAGAUGAUUUAUGCGCACAACGUCGAAGUGGCGGUGGAAGAGAUAAUCCCUUACCUAGAGGAUACGAGCAAUACUGCACACAAGACCAUCUAUUUUGGUGGAUGGCAUGGGUUGGCUGCUUCUGCGGUGCUUAGAGCCAUAGCUGAAGACCCUCCGCCAUCUCUGCUAAAGAAAUUCAACAAGAUAAUCCACGUUGAUUGCUCGAGGUGGAAAAGCCGAAGAGCACUCCAGAGGACAAUCGCACAAGAACUGAACCUUCCUCAACAGAUAAUGGAUAUUUUUGAUAGGCAAGAUGAACAAGAUGAUUUUGCUGGGAUAGAUCAGGGCUCAAAAGCUGAGGUAGAAGAUGUUGGGGCAGAGAUCCAUCACGCCUUACAAGACCACAAAUGUUUGGUGGUCUUCCAUAAUGGGAGCGACAACACAAUUGACUUGAAUGAUUUUGGCAUUCCCAAGCAGGAACGAUGGUUCCCGUUUGUUGGUAAAGUAUUGUGGACAUUCCGAGGAAGGCUUCGGCUCAAUCCAGGAAUUAGUGAGAAGGUGGAUAAUUCACAUCUUUUCAUAUCUUGUGAUGAUAGUGCUUUUACGUGGAACGAUGUGUUGCAACACGAAGCUAGAGAAAUAGUUGGGUACAAUGAUAAGGUUGAGGAAGUAGCUACAGAGUGUUGCUUGUAUCUGCUAUCAUUAAAUUCUCAGGGAGGCAACAUUAUGGACUACAAUUGGGCCACCCAUGCUUCUAGCUAUUGGGUCUGCGAUGGGAUUAUACAGGGAGGUCAGGGUGACGAAGCAUGGGAGGUUGCUGCUGCUCUGCAUCGACAGAUACAUACAGAUGAUUAUUCAUCUAAUGCACUGCCCUUUUUUGGUCAUGAGUUGGAGACUCCUCUGAAACGGUGGAUAUUGGCCAAGGACAACUCUGUUGUGCCUCCAGAGUCCACAUCAUUUUUCCUCCCAGCAGUAACAAGCGGAUCUGAUUCUCCAUUAAGACCAUUACCUAAUGGCAUGUUUCAUCAAUCGGACAAACUUUGUGUGCUCAAGUUAUGCCGCUGCACCUUCAGUUUUUCUUCACCUCCAUUCGGUUGUUGCCACACCUUAAGGUUCCUUGGAUUAGAUGGCUGCAAGGAUCAACAAGUAGAAGAAGAUGAGAAGCAAGAUAGACCAACAAUGGAAUUGUUUCAGAGCCUAUGGGUACUAGACAUAUGCGACACAGAUUGGGAGUUGGAUUUAGCAACAUACAUAACACAUCAGAUGGCUGCAAACAUUAGGGAGGUACAUAUAAAGAAAGGAAGGAUUUGGUGCCACAAUUUUUCAUGGCGAAAACUGCAGAACCUUCGUAAGCUUCUAGUGAUUGAGCCUACAAGGCCUUGGCAGACAGGAGAAGAGGAUGAAUUUACAGAUACAGUGAAGAUGGAAUUCCUCGACCUUUCUGGGAAUACUACACUACAAGUUUUGCCAAGCCUAUCAAAAGCAACUAGCCUCAAGACCUUGGUUCUAGAUGGUUGUGUUGGGUUGGAGCACCUUGGACCAGAAGCACUGCCUCCGUUACUUGAAUCAUUCAGCUUGGAUGUAGGAGUGGUAGAACUUCAAUCCAAGGACGCCAAAAUAAGUUGCAUCUCUAUGGCUGGUUGCGCAAGAUUGUCCAACUUCACACUACGUGGAUCACUUCCAAACCUUGAGGAGCUGGACCUCUCAGGCACAGGAGUCAAGACACUUAACCUUACAACUCAAGUGGUGCAGGUCCCAUGUCUCCAGCGAGUCAUGCUGUUGGGAUGUGAGCAAUUAUGUGCUGUCCUUUGGCCUGAAGAGGGUAUGCCUCAGCUAAGUUUGCUAUGCAUUGACACCCGGGGAGAAGAGAUUAGAAGAAUACCACCGAAAUUUGACAAGUUAAAGAAAGGACAUUGCCAAGCAUAUGUUGCCAUGAUGGACAUGAAAUUCAUUCAGUUAUUGGUGUUAAGAAGUUCCAAUAUGUUUUGGAACACGAACAUUGAUACUACGUUCAAACUAAAUCUCUGCAUAUCUGCAAGUGGACAGUGGCGCAAUAAGAAGAAUAUGGACUCUGAUAACAGUGGGGAAAAUUUGGGGCCAGCCCUAGAAAAGCCAUUAAUGUCCAAUUCUUCUCACAACCCCUACAUUGAUGCAGGUACUGACAACAUAACUAUAGAUCAUGACUACAACCGUGCAUCGCAAUUUCAGUCAUCGACCUACCAUGUGGAGAUUGGUGAUGGAAUUAGCAACACUUGUGUCGAUAGCAUACAAGGCAUGCAAGCUAUCAUCUUUGCAAUGAACAAGGCCAAGUCGUUGGAUGUGCACGACAAUUCUUCCAUCACCACUGUCAUCCCUGAACAUAUGAUGUCCAUAGAAAGUAAUGUACUUACAUGGCAAAAUCUGAAAUCUUGUCAUGUGGUGAGAUGCCCCAAGAUGCAUACCCUCUUCAAUAUUGUCUGGGGAUAUUGCAAAUUUGAAGAACUAUUGGAGUUUUGGGCGGCUGAUCUCCUAUCGGCCCAUUGCAUUUGGAGCAAACAAAGGGUGUCGAAUUUUCAAGACAAUCUUUCCUUUGCGAAACUGCAGAGCAUACACCUGUUCUCCUGCCCGAGGCUCACGUUUGUCCUCCAGUGGUCCAGGUUAUACAUCUUGAGAAGCUUGGAGAUCCUCCACAUCACCUUCUGUGGUGAUCUAAAGCAGGUGUUCCCCGUGGAGCCAGAGAUAUUGGCAAGAAUAGCUACAAGCCAUUGUAAAGGUGCAUUGGAGUUCCCAAACCUGAAGCGUAUCUACCUGCAUCAACUCCUCAAGCUGCAAUAUAUAUGCGAGGCCAAGAUGUUUGCUCCCAAGCUUGCAGCCAUCGUGGUAAGGGGGUGUUGGGGUCUUAGGCGCCUCCCGGCUAUCGGUCGUGACAGCCGUCCUGUCGUGGACUGUGAGAAGGACUGGUGGGAGAAGUUAGAGUGGGACGGACUGGAAGCCGGCCACGACCCUUCCCUCUUUGAGCCGCGCCACUCGGCGUAUUACAAGAAGCCCCUGCCUAGAGGCUCAGUUCUCUGGUAAGCUGAACACGCUGUUCAGGUUUGAUGGAACGAUGGCCGGCGUCUUGCUGCUUCCCACCCUUCACACUGCAAGCGAGGAUGCAUGUGUGUUUCCUUCCUCAAGAAUAAAGUGGUACUAGCUAGCUUGCUUGCUUGAUGCCGCACCUGCAUGCUUAAUCAUCUCUUUGUGUGUGUCUCCGUUCUCAAGACUUAUGUGUCAUUGUUGGUUUUCUGCUCAUGUGUGUGCUGCCUGAGUAUGCCGCUCAGAUCCGAGUUUGCAAUGUGUGCUGUUAUUCAGAUUCAGUACGUAUGCUGGACUGAGAAUGCAAGGCUUGGUGUGAUGUAGUACAUGGAAUGGUUUAUAUAUCAACUGAGUACGUAUUUAUUUAUUUGGUUCCA